AUUUCUUUCUUGUCAUCCUUGCUCGGGACUGAAAACGCCUCUGUGAGACUUGACAAUAGCUCUUCUGGUGCAAGUGUGGUAGCUAUUGACAACAAAAUCGAGCAAGCUAUGGAUCUGGUGAAAAGCCAUUUGAUGUAUGCGGUUAGAGAGGAAGUGGAGGUCCUCAAAGAGCAAAUCAAAGAACUAAUAGAGAAAAAUUCCCAGCUGGAGCAGGAAAACAAUCUGCUGAAGACACUGGCCAGUCCCGAGCAGCUUGCCCAGUUCCAGGCUCAGCUGCAGACUGGCUCCCCCGCUGCCAGCACACAGCCACAGGGGACCACACAGCCCCCAGCCCAGGCAGCGUCCCAGGGCUCAGGACCAACCGCGUAG